AUGACUAUACCUCAUUUUCGACGGCUCAUACGUUUCGUACCGAAGUCAAACAGCCGCAAAAUCAUCAUCGGCGAGCCAAGAGACGGCAGCGUGGAUGUGGGAAGCGCUCUACGUCGAGGUCUUCUUGUCGAGGCAUUUGUCUGGACAGGCGCUUCGGUCAUAUCGCCGGGUUCCACAACAGGGCAAGUCGAGACAGUUGAGCGUAUUCUCUCACCAUUAGCUGCUCACGAAGUUGGCACCAUUCGAUGCAUCGGCCUGAAUUACAUCCAGCACGCAAAGGAAGUCAAUGUCGAACUGCCUUCCGUCCCGACUGUGUUCUUGAAGCCGAGCACCUCUUUAGCUGAUCCGUGGCCAGCACCAGUCUUGCUUCCAGCUAUCACUCAGGUAGACAAUACCGGCGACUAUGAGGCUGAACUUGCCGUCAUUGUUGGUCGCGAGUGCAAGAACGUGACAGAGGCAGAGGCUCUGGACUACGUCUUGGGAUACACAGCUUGUAAUGACGUGUCCAGUCGAGGCAGUCAAUUCGCGCAAUCCCAAUGGUGCUUUUCUAAGGGCUUCGACGGGUCUUGUCCGAUUGGGCCCUGUAUUGUCUCCAAGUCGCUUAUUCCGGACCCGGGAAAGCUGCAGGUGCGCGGGUUACAUAAUGGCGACGUGAUGCAGGACUGUGGCACCAGCGACUUCAUCUUCGGCAUUGCCAAGCUCACCAGCUACCUAUCGCAAGGCACGACACUGGCAGCUGGCACUGUGAUCAUAACCGGCACACCAGCAGGCGUUGGCGGGCGAUGA